AUGUCAUCCAUUGGUGGAAAGGCAGAAGGGAAUGUUAGUAAUGAUCCCAGUGAUAUAGGCUUGGCCCUAGGAGGGAGUAUGACAUCUGAUGGGGCUGAAAGCACCCUUGCCAGUCAACCUCUAGCUGAAUUCCUUACACAGUUGGAAGAAUAUGCACCCACAAUCCCAGAUGCAGUUACUGCUUAUUACAUGAACGCUGCAGGGUUUGAGGCCUGUGACCCCCGCAUUCUGCGUCUCAUCAGUCUCGCUGGUCAAAAGUUCAUCUCAGACAUUGUUAACGAUGCACUACAACACUGCAAGCUCCGAUCUGCUGCUCAAGUGAAAACUAAAGGUGGGAAGGACAAACGCUUUGUUCUCACAAUGGAAGAUCUUGUACCUGCCUUGGCUGAGCAGGGAAUCCAAGUCAAGAAGCCACAUUAUUUCAUCUGA